ACACACGACGCCUUGGAUUCUAAUCUUUUUCAGCAUCCGCUCGCCCUCCAUCGCCAAUUGGACCACUGGACGCUGAUCGAGUACGGGAGUGAGAUGAAGCGUUGUAUGACAGCGUGGCGACCCUUAGUUUAGGUCAACGUAACUUCUACCCUUUUGGGACCAGAACGGCAUCGGACAUCGUGUCGGGAUUGCCGGCCUACGCUUCACGCACACAUAGUGGAGGGCUUGGAAUAGGGAAUGCAUUCCUCGGGUCGUUAACUCCUCCAGCACUUCAUGGACAUGACCUGAAUUAUCUCCGUGAGGGUCUUGUCCAGAAGAAGGACACGACCGUCAUAUAAAUUGACCGGCGGGAACCAUGUCCUCCAAGACGUCCAGCCAGAACGCGAACUGUUACAUUGCACGACAGUAUCACACACAUCGAUUGGACUUGGAGCAACAUGACUGCAGUCACUCACGCCGAAUUUCACGCUGACACCGAGAGCUUGGACGUUGCAGACGCCUUUGCUGGAUCGAUUCGUGGAAGAAGCAUCAUCAUCACGGGCGUCAAUAGGGGAGGGAUUGGCUUUACUACGGCUCAGGCAUUUGCUUCUCAAUCCCCCUCCCACAUUAUCAUCACUGGACGUUCCCCGACAAAGCUUCAGGAAAGCAUCGAAGCUCUGCGGAAGGAAUAUCCCAGCGUGCAAUAUGUUGGGCUCAAGCUGGACCUGUCGAAUCAAAAGUCCGUCCGCGAGGCAGCGGCCGAGGUCCUGGCCAUGAAAGACGUUCCCACGAUUGAUAUUCUGGUCAACAAUGCUGGGGUGAUGCUGAUUCCGGAGCGAACACUCAGCGUGGAUGGGAUCGAGAUGCACUUCGCUACCAACCACGUCGGCCACUUUUUGUUCACCAACUUGAUCCUGCCCAAGCUGAUCAAGGCCGCAGAGGGGAGGCCCAAGGGCGCCACGCGCGUCGUGAACGUCACCUCGUCGUCCCCGCUCUCGGCAGGCGUCCGCUUCAGUGACAUCAACUUCGAACGGGCCAACAAAACUCUGCCAGACGACGAGCAGCCGCAGUACGAGGCACUCAAGAACUGGGGUGAAACGGACCCGGAGAACAAAUCGUAUUUCCCGCGCGAGGGAUACAACCAGAGCAAAGUGGCCAAUCUCUUGUUUUCGAUUGGGUUCAAUGCUCGCUAUUACGACAAGUACGGACUCUUGAGCUUAGCCGUCAAUCCAGGGGUCAUCGCAACGGAGCUACAACGACAUUUCUCGCCUGAGACGGCCACUGCGCUCCAAGCGUGGGCGAAGAGUGGAGCGGUCCAUAUGAAGACGCAGGGUGCGGGAGCCGCCACGAGCUUGGUGGCUGCCACAGAUCCUGGGCUGGGGCUGCCAGUGGUCAAGGACGGCAAGGAGAACUACGGAGCGUACUUGAGCGACUGCCAGAUCAAUGGCGGGGCAAAUGCUCGCGCCGUGUCGAAGAGCAACGCCGACAGGUUGUGGAAAUUGUCUGAGGAAUUGGUAGGAGAAGAGUUCCCUCAGUAAGGAGAGAAAGGUCAAAAGGGGUGUCUCAAUAGACUGUCUUGAUGAUUGGUGUGGGUGGCGGAUUCCUGUGAAGUCGUGAUCGAAAGAAGAGGAAACUCCAAAUGCCUUGAUGGACUCGAGUUCCAACACGAGACCGGAAUCGGGACAUGAGCCGGAUGCAAGGCUGACAGUGGGAUUCCUGCUUCCCCGUGGCUUGAUCUGUGGUUGAGGGUAGGGGAAGACAUAACAGGACCAGAGAAGGCAGCUCCCAAGAUUAUUGCCAUUCCCCUCUAGUCUUUGCUAAGUGUUUGGUGUUUACUCAAAG